AUGACGAAAAUAACAGAUGCAGCAACGAGACAGGCAGUUCAAAGUGCCUAUGACGCCGUUAGAGCAACUGUUGUGGAAAGUCAAGAAAAAGAGUUACAACAGACCAAAACAGACCUAGUAAAUGCUUUCUUAAAAACGAAAAGUCAGGUAGGACAUUACGCUGCAGAUGGAACAUAUGUGCCAGCUGGUGGAACUUAUAUACCACCAAACCCUCCAAGAGAAGCACCUGCACCAGGACUACCUAGAACAUUUACAUCGUCACAUGGACACAGACACAGGCAUGCCACAACAACCAGCACAACAACCACCUCCACAACCAGCACAACAACCAACACAACAACCAGCACAGCAACCAACAGUUCAAAACCCUGCAAACAACAACCACAAACAGAGCAAGGACAUAAAAGAAGUAGAGAACAAGGAAACCAAGAAUUCUUAAAAAUGCUUAAAGAAGAGUGUGGUUUCCCAGAUACUGUUGACUUUAGUGACAGAUAUAAAGAAGCUAUUAGAAAGUUCAAGGAUGGAAAUACUGACCCGAACCUAUUUAGCUUUAUGGCUCAGCACCAAAACGGAUAUAAUCUCAAACCUGGAAAAUACAAGCUCGCUAAGGGAUAUGAUUUAAUAGCAUAUCAUCCAAAUGACAUGGAUGAAUUUACUCCGAGAUAUUUGAUGUCAGAGCUAAAUGACAAUUCAACUUUCGUCAUGAAACGCGUAAAAAAUAGAGACGGAACGAAAGAACAAAAGCUUAUGAAUGCGGAUGACGUAGAUAGGGAAAUUGUUGAAAACGGUCUCGGAAUAUAUGAAAUGCCAGCAGAUGAGGUACAAGAAACUCCACAGGAAGAAGUUCAGAUACAACCAGACAUGGAAGAAAUAGUUCAGCAACAACAGCUAGAAGAGCCUGAAGGAAACGAACAAGUCCUUCCUUUGGAAACUAACUUCACAGAACUAGAUGAAGAUUUGGAACAGCCGAAAAAUCUUGACCCUCAACAAGAGUAUGCGGAGAAUAUGGAAUAUUUCCAAGAGUCUAAAAAAAAUUCGGCUGACAUAGUAGAAGAAUAUCGAAAAAU